AUGAUUACCUUCACCCCGCUUUCCGGUGCUGCACGCACUUCGAGCACCAUACCUCUCGCCUAUCUACUCCAAGUAGACGAUGUCCGAAUACUUCUGGAUUGUGGCUCUCCUGACUGGUGUCCUGAGGCAUCAGAUUUAAGAGAGGAACACUCACAGGAAUCCCCUUACCACUGGGACAAGUACUGUGAUGCGUUAAAGGAAUGCGCGCCCACCGUCGACCUUGUCCUCCUUUCACAUGGUGACCUUGCCCACUCAGGUCUCUACCCAUAUGCAUAUGCGCAUUGGGGUCUGACCGCACCUGCGUACACAACCCUGCCUGUGCAGGCCAUGGCACGUAUUGCCGCUACCGAGGAUGCCGAGGGCAUCCGUGACGAGCAAGACCUGCGCAGCGAGGACGAACUCAAGAAGGAAUCUACGCCGUCUGAAGAACGUGGUCUCUCCGAGAAACCUGCCGAGUCUACUCCUACACCUGUGCUUCCCUCACGCAAGGACAUGUAUGUCGCUACACUACAAGAAGUACACGACGCUUUCGACUCGGUCAACGUCCUGAGGUAUUCACAACCUUGCCAUCUUCAAGGUAAGUGCCAGGGCCUGACCAUUAUUCCCUUCAAUGCGGGGCACACCCUGGGUGGCACCAUCUGGAAGAUUCGUUCUCCAACCGCAGGAACGAUUUUGUACGCCGUCGACAUGAAUCAUAUGCGUGAACGUCAUCUCGACGGGACAGUCCUCGUGCGACAGGCGUCCGCAGGCGGUGGCGUAUUCGAGAGUCUCGCGCGUCCCGACCUACUCAUCACAGAUGCCGAGCGCGCCAAUGUGACCACCGCUCGUCGCAAGGACCGGGACGCAGCACUCCUCGACUGCAUUACCGCGACGCUCACGUCGCGCAAUUCGUUGCUCAUGCCGUGCGAUGCCAGCACGCGUGUCCUGGAGCUACUCGUUCUGCUCGAUCAGCACUGGAACUAUUCCCGGCUCAAGUUCCCAAUAUGUCUGCUGUCGCGCACGGGCCGCGAGAUGCUCACGUUCGUGCGGAGUAUGAUGGAGUGGCUGGGCGGAACUGUCAGCAAGGAAGAUGUGGGUGAGGACGGUUCUAACAAUGCCAACAAGGGAAACAAGCGAAGACGAGACGAGGAUGGUGACGAAGAUGCUCUUGGGGCUUUCGCUCUCCGAUUUAGACAUCUCGAAUUCUUCCCGAACCCGCAGGCGUUGAUGCACACCUACUCAUCGAAAGACCCUAAACUCAUUCUGGCGGUCCCGGCGUCCUUGUCGCACGGUCCCUCUCGCAUGCUCUUCUCACAGUUCGCGGAGACCCCGGACAAUGUCGUUUUGCUCACUGGGCGCAGCGAGGACGGCACGCUCGGGCGAAUGCUGUUUGACCGCUGGAACGACGCGCAACGAGAGGAGGCGAAGUGGGAUCGCGGCAAGAUUGGGAGCAACAUCAUGAUGGACGGUGUCCUGCGUCUCGAGAUGCACUCGAAAGUGUCACUGCAAGGCGCAGAGCUCGAAGCAUUCCUGCGGAAGGAACGUGCAGCACAAGAGAAAGAAGCCGCCCACAAGGCUGCGCAGGCACGCACCCAGCGUAUACUCGAAGCCGACGAAGGGGAGGACGAGAGCGACUCGGACUCUGAAGCUGAUUCGGACGAGGAGAACGAGGUCGAAAAGUCUCUGGGUGAUGACCUCAUGGACACCACGGAGGACACACCGACAGUGGACCCCGCUACAAACGGGCGAACAAAGCGGAAGCUCGCGAAACUCGCUGCAGGAGACGGGACGGACUGGGUGUUGGGUCUCGAUGCGGACGAGCCAGUCCAGCGGCUGUCAUUCGACAUCUACCUGAAGGGCAACGUUGCGCGGACGAUGUCGUUCUUCAAAAGCGCAGAGGGGCAGACGCAGCGUUUCCGCAUGUUUCCAUAUGUGGAGAAGAAACGGCGCGUGGACGAGUAUGGGGAGACAGUGGACGUUGGGAUGUGGCUGCGGAAGGGGAAGGUCCUGGAGGAGGACGCGGAGAGUGAAGAAGUGAAGGAGAUGAGGCGGAGGGCGGAAGAGGAAGCAAAGAAAGCCCCUGCGGAACCCCCCUCGAAGUUUGUGAUCACAGAAGUGGAGGUGCAACUCGCCUGUCGGCUGCUGUUCGUAGACCUGGAAGGUUUGAACGAUGGGCGUGCCGUGAAAACUAUUGUUCCGCAAGUCAACCCUCGCAAAAUGAUCAUCGUGCAUGCACCGGCGAAGGCGACAGAAGUCUUGAUGGAGAGCUGCGCAAACAUCCGGGCAAUGACACGCGACAUCUAUGCGCCCGAACAAGGCGAGAGCAUACAGAUCGGUCAACACACGAACAGCUUCUCGAUAUCACUGAGCGACGAGCUCCUGGCCAAUCUUCGUAUGUCACAAUUCGAAGACAAUGAGGUUGGCUACGUUACAGGUCGCAUCGCUAGCCUUGCAAGCUCUACCAUCCCGAUCCUCGAGCCUGCGUCUAUCACGUCUCUCCAGACUGACAAGACUUCACGAAAAGCCAAGCAAGGCCGCAUGCUCGGUUCGCGGCCAAGAGUGACGCUGCCUCAGUCCACCAUGAUCGGCGAGCUGAAGUUGACUGCCCUGAAGACCCGUCUGGCUGCGGUUGGCGUGCAUGCCGAGCUCAUAGGCGAGGGUGUGCUGAUAUGCGGCGCGGCUGCGAAGAAGGGCAGUGCUCCCGAGUCGCUUGCCGAUUCGGUAGCAGUGAAGAAGACGGGGCGGGGCCGGGUGGAAUUGGAGGGGGCGGUGUCGGACGUGUACUAUGUGGUUCGAAGAGAGAUCUACAAUUUACAUGCUCUGGUUGCAGCUCUCUUCGACAUGGAUGGCACCCUCGUCGACUCGACCGCCGGUGUGGUGGGUGCAUGGGAGCUUUUCAAAGAGAAGUAUCCCAGCCUCGAUGUAACCACAGUGCUCAGCUCAUCCCAUGGUGUGCGGACGGUCGAGAACCUCCGCAUACACUGCGGUAUCGAGGACCCGGAAGAACAGGAGAGAGAAGCGAAGCGCUUCGAGGAGGCAAUCGUCACGAACUCGACGAAGAAUGGCCGUCAAGGCAUCAUCAAGCUGCCCGGGGUCCACGAGAUCAUGGCGGAACUCGAGCCCGUCGCCAAGUACCCAAACCCGCGCUGGGCGAUUUGCACGUCAGCAACCCGCACGUACGCCGCAGCUGCGCUCCAGAAAGCUGGGGUUCCUGUUCCCGAUGCAUUCGUCGUGUCUGAAGACGUGACCAAGGGCAAACCCGAGCCUGACCCGUACCUCCUCGGGGCGGAAAGGUGCGGUGUAGAUCCCACACGUUGUCUCGUUGUCGAGGAUGCCCCUGCCGGUGUCCGCAGCGGAAACGCCGCGGGAUGCAAGACGUUGGCACUUCUCACAUCGCACAGCCGUGCGCAAGUGGAGGCUGCCAGCCCUGAUUUCAUUGUCCGAGACCUUUCCCAAGUGACCAUGAAGAGAACCACGAAUGGCGUGGAAGUCACAAUAGACGUAGAGUAAUGCACUGAAAUUGUUGCAUGCCGAAGUAUGAAAUAGAGUGUAUUAAGGGAAGUCACAGGGGAAUCUGGUAGACCAUAGAGAAGUGUACAUCGACUUACGAGAUGCUCAGUUUGUUUUCAUAUAUACAUCGACUGGUCGUCGAAAUCCUGACAACUCUUC